AGUAGUUCCAAGCAACAGCAAGAGCAGCAGUUUCAAUUGUUCCGGAUUAACCCGUCGAAGAAAAACCCUCGCAACUUCAAAAUGUUCAAGCUGAUCGUCCUUGCCUGUCUGGUGGCCGUCGCCGUUGCCGCUCCGGCACCCGCUCCCGGACUGGUCGUUGCCUCCCCGAUCGUUGUGAGCCACUCCCAUGCCCACGUGGUGCACACCCCGAUCAUCAAGUACAAGGCCGUCCCGAUCAUCAAGACCGUCCCGGUGUACAAGCACAUCCCGGUGGUGCACUCGGUUCCCGUGAUCAAGACCGUCGUGGCCAGCCCGGUCCUGUACCAUUCUCACCACCACCAUCACUAAACUAUCCAGCUUUUGUGGAUAAUUUAGGGCGCUGGGAGUAAUUUAUUGAUGUACCUUGAGUGAAAACUAACUUUUGUUUAUUUAAUUGUGUAUUAAAAUCUUGAUUUUUAAACUCGAAA